AUGCGCAGAGUCGCGACUCACUCCACCACCGCCGCCUCCGCCGCCGCCGCCGCCGCCUACUCCGCCUUCGCCGCCUCCUCCACCUCCGCCUCCUCCACUACCUCCGCCGACUCCGCUCCCUCCGCCACCUCCACUGCCUCCGCCGCCUCCACUAUUGCCGCCGCCGCCGCCACCCCCAGCACCACGCCCACCUCCGCCCCCACUCCCUCCACUGCCUCCACUACCACCUCCACCACCCCCUCCAGCCCCUCCAACGCCCUUGCCCCCCUUGCCCUUGCCGGUGCGGCGUCUCCCGCUUGGGGCAGGCGCAGUGCCGACCGACUCGAAACCAACGAGGUCGGCCGCAGCAGUAGAGGCAACAGAGGUCGGGCGGCUCGGAGGUCGGGCGGCUCGGUUGCUCGGCGACUCGGAGGUCGGGCGGCUCGGUUGCUUGGUGCUGGGCGGCUCGGCGGUCGGGCGGCUCGGCUGCUAGGCGGCUCGGCUGCUGGGCGGCUCGGCGGUCGGGUGGCUCGGCUGGCCGGCGGUUCAGCUGCUUGGCGGUGCGGGCGCUGGGCGGCGGGGACGCAAGUGGCGGCGGGGCCGCAGGUGGCGACGGGGCCGUAG